UCAAAUUCUCUCUCCGUCCAAACCACCAUCUCAGACUAAGAGCCUCCUCUGGUUUCCACAUUUCCCGGUUUCAUAUAUAUACAUAUAUACAUACAGAACCACGAAAUUUGUAUCUAUAUACAUAUAUAUAUAUCUAUAGAGAGUGUGUGUGUGAGAUUGGGGAUUUUUCAGUUGUGAUGGUAAUGUAAUGCAUCAGAAGAAAUCUGAAGUUCAGAUCGGAAAAGAAAGCAGUGGCGUCUCUUCCGAUUUCAACCCUUCGCCGCCGCUUCUCCUGCCACCGGCUCCCGCUUCCGGAGCGACGCCGCAGAUUCUGAUCGAUACGACGCUUCCGCAAAAUGACGCAAUUGCGCCACCGCCGUCGUCGUCGACUCCCAAAUCCACUCCUCACAAGCGGCCUCUGAUGACUCAAGCAAACCCUAAUCCUAAUCCGGGCCCUAACCCGCCUUUUUCUUCUCCCAGUUCUCUCUUCCGGAGCCCAACUUUGUCCAAUUCUCUUCACCAGUACCCUUUCUCGUCGGCGCCGCCGUUGAAAAUCCACUCCUCCGCCGCGAAAGCCGCCGCCUUUCGGCUCCUCCGCCGGCUCCGACGCAUCCGGAUUCACCUCCGCCUCAUCCUCUUGCUUUCCCUCCCGUUCUUCUACUUCCUGGUUUCCCAUCCGAGCCGGUCCUUCGUUCUCGAUUUUCUCUCCGCCUUUGCCUUCUCGGCCGCCCUUUUAUUCUCCCUCAAUCUCGCCCUCCCUCGCCUCCCAUCAAUCCGGCUGUUCCUCGCUCGCUCCUUCCCAAUUAAGCUAUCUUCCUCAACGCAAUUGUCCAGGCGACCGUUGCCGGUGUUUUGGUCAAUUGGUUCAAGGCCGAAGCAAGAAAAAAGGCCGAAUUCAGGAUGUUGGGUUCAGGUUUACAGCAAUGGAGAUGUCUAUGAGGGCGAAUUUCACAAGGGCAAGUGUUCGGGUAGUGGAGUCUAUUACUAUUACAUGAGUGGGAGAUAUGAAGGGGAUUGGAUUGAUGGAAAGUACGAUGGUUAUGGAGUGGAGACUUGGGCGAGAGGAAGUCGAUACAGAGGGCAGUACAGGCAAGGCCUUAGGCAUGGUUUUGGGGUAUAUAGGUUCUACACUGGAGAUGUCUAUGCAGGAGAGUGGUCAAAUGGGCAGAGUCAUGGUUGUGGAGUUCAUACCUGUGAGGAUGGCAGUAGGUAUGUUGGGGAAUUCAAGUGGGGUGUCAAGCACGGUCUCGGUCACUACCAUUUCAGGAAUGGUGAUGUUUAUGCUGGAGAAUACUUUGCUGACAAGAUGCAUGGAUUUGGAGUAUAUCAUUUUGCAAAUGGGCAUUGUUAUGAAGGAGCCUGGCAUGAGGGCAGAAGGCAAGGUCUUGGCAUGUACGGUUUUAGAAAUGGGGAGACCCAAUCUGGGCACUGGAAUAAUGGAAUUCUUAAUGUUCCAAGCACACAGAACACCACCUACCCUGUAUCUCCUGUUGCAGUUUAUCAUUCCAAAGUACUGAAUGCAGUUCAGGAAGCCAGACAGGCAGCAAAGAAAGCCUAUGAUGUGGCCAAGGUGGACGAAAGAGUGAACAGAGCAGUUACAGCAGCCAACAGGGCAGCAAAUGCAGCAAGAGUAGCAGCCGUGAAGGCUGUCCAGAAACAAAGUGAGAGUAUACCUAUGCCUAUUGUGUGAGGCUGGUGAGGCGACCCUAUUUAUCUCUAAAAUCACGAGGCUCAUGCUACAAGAGGGUGCCUGCAAGAAGUUACAUUUGUAACUCGGCUUGUUGCAUCGGUAUUUUCCUUUUCUCACCUCAUGGCUCCGGUAGCCAUGAGGUGCCUCUUUCCAGUAUGUGGAAACUGCUGAAUGAGUUAGUAAGUAGCUCUCCUUGUUCUAACUGUGUCUUAAGAGAAAAAAUGAUGAGUGUCCAAGUGGCUUUUAGCUUUAAUUUUCGUUCUUGUAAAGUUCUAGUGGCUGUAAAUUUGUAACACAACGUGCUGGUGCCUAGGGAAAAAACCUUAAUCCAGCUGAUGUUGUACGCGGACUCACUGAUGUCAUGACAAAUGGAAUAGAAUGCCCAAAUUUAACCCUGCAGGGAAGUUCUGAGUCUGACAUUACGAAUCUUCCUUCGUGUUGAAGAGUAUUUGUUUGUUUGAGCGCAGCACUGAUCAGUGUCUCUUUGUUAACUUGACAACUGCGCCUGCUGGAAGCAGGACAGAUCAAAGCUAAUAAUUAUGCCUUUCUUUUGUUU